UGAAUGAUCCGGGGGUCAACGUAUCUGCUUUUUGUGAGAUUAUUCAUUGAUUUUUCAGAAUUCUUGGUUGGUCACAUUUCCUUUACAACAUCUUGGUGACGUGUUUUGUGAGAAGCUUAUAUGAAUCGGAAACAUUGCAGCCGAUAGUGGCAAAUGCGUCGGUGUGUCACAACUUCCUUUUCAGCAGCAAGCCUCAGAUCAAGAAGAUCAGGAGAACACGAGGAGGAAAGCCGUUUUCUCUGCUUUUCCUGGGCUGUUCUAUUUGAUUGACAUGUCAAACCCAGUCAUCACUCAACCUGGUGCUGGUUCUUACGGCACAAAUGUGCAGACAGGAGAAUGGAGCACUGGACUGUGUUCUUGCUUUAAUGACAUACUUGUCUGUGGCCUGGGCUGUAUUUGUCCAAUAGCUCUUAGCUGUUACACAACAAAAAAGUAUGGAGAGAACGUAUGCCUUGCAUGCGUACCUGGAGGAAUGGCUGCCAUGCGGACACAUAUGCGACUGACCUAUGGAAUACAAGGCACAAUAUGCAACGAUGCAUUGAUGACCUGUUGCUGUGGAUUGUUUGAAACGUGCCGAAUGGCCAGAGAAAUUCGUAUCAGGAACGGAGAGGCCUAAAUACUGUGUUUUCCUACAAAAACAAAUUAUAAAAAUAAACAUUUUUACUUGAA